UCCCACGCUCACCACGACGUCGAGCGCGCGGAAAAAGUUUAUCACUCUCACGAAACUUAUGAUCGCGGGCGCAUCGCGCGAACAACCCUAUGAAAUACAAAACCCUCUAAGAAAUAAAACGUGUUCUUAGUAAAACAACUUAACUGUGUUAAAUAAUUUAUUUUGAGGAACUUUUCGUAGUGUUAAACAGUCUUAUUUGAUCGGUCGGUAGAUGAUGUCCAUCUGUGGCGUAGAUGGGAUGUCCGGACGGUGACAGGUCUUGGGGCAGGCUGGGUGCAAACGGCGAGGGUCCGAGCGGUCUGGGUGCGCGUGUCGCCGACUGGAUGCUGCUGCAGCGCGAGGGCCGGGAGCGGCCACCGGCCAUGGAGGAGGACUGCUCGGCGCGGCCCUGCGCCACCGACUUCUCCAUCGCCGCCAUCAUGGCACGAGACCGACAAGAGAGACGGGAGAGGCGGAGGCAUAGGGACCCAAGAGAGGACACUCUGACGCCACUUGAAAAGUUUGUGGACGCGACCGCGUCAGCGUCGGGAUCGCCGUCGCCGCCGUUAGCAGAGUACGAACGGGAUUCCCCAGUGGACGUAUCCUCAACGUCAGAGGCGGGGUCCGCCAGCGGAGCGCCCGGUGGCUCGCGAGCCCUUUCGCCCGCGCCCCGCAACCCCCAACUUACGGAGAGGUGCUCCAGCGACGAGAUGAAACACAUACAGUGCCACCUCGAGACCAAAGAACUGUGGGAUAAAUUCAAUGAACUAGGCACGGAGAUGAUCAUCACCAAAACUGGAAGACGCAUGUUUCCGACGGUGCGCGUGUCAUUCGCGGGGUGUAGAGCGGAGGCGCGCUACGCCGUGCUGUUGGACGUGGUGCCGGUGGACGGCAAGCGAUACCGCUAUGCCUACCACCGCUCCUCUUGGCUGGUGGCCGGCAAAGCGGACCCGCCCGCGCCGGCGCGCCUCUAUCCACACCCCGACUCGCCUUUCGCCGGUGACCAGCUGCGCAAGCAAGUCGUCUCCUUCGAGAAGGUCAAGCUCACCAACAACGAGAUGGACAAGAACGGUCAGUUGGUGCUAAAUUCAAUGCACAAGUACCAGCCGCGGAUCCACCUGGUGCUGCGGCGGGAGGGUGCUGUCAACGCGCCCAUCGUCGAUCUUGAGCAGGAGGAGUUUAAAACGUUCAUUUUCCCCGAGUGCGUGUUCACCGCGGUCACCGCCUAUCAGAAUCAAUUGAUAACAAAACUGAAAAUCGACAGUAAUCCGUUCGCCAAGGGGUUCAGAGACUCUUCACGUCUCACUGAAUUCGAGAGAUUCUAUAUCACGGGCGAGCACGAACGAACAUCGGUCUUCGAUGACGCGCGCUACGGCGCCGCCAACCCUAGGGAGACGAUGGAGUCGAUGCUGGCGGAGCAGCAUUACCUUCGCUCUCCGCUGCGGCCGUUUGACCUGGACCAACACAACAAUAACUUGACGCUGGAAGAGAAAGCUAUCUUGGCUGCUCGGUCGCAACUGUUUCUUCGCGCCGCGUAUCCGUUGUACGGCGUACCGGCGGCGGCGCUGUGGGGCCAGUGGGCAUGCCUCGCCCCGCAACUGCUCGCCCAGCAGCAUUUGGCUUCUGGAUCGGGGUUGCAGCUCCCGCGACCGGUGUACCCGGGCGGCGUGCCCGCCGGUCUGGCGCAGCACCGCUUCUCGCCGUAUCCGCCGCGUCGCGCCUCACCCGGCUCCUCGCCGGACUCGCUGCGCGAUGCCAGCCCGCACCCCCUGCCACCACACACCCCGCACGCUCCGCAUCCCCCACACAGCCCCACUUAGUGACGGCCCACCGAUUAAGCUUGAGGAUCUCUUAUAAAUACGUUAUAGCUUACUGGUAUUAUUUAUAAAAUAAACUUUAGAAGCAAAGUGAUA